AAUGUACUCAGCAGUGCACGUGGUGAAUUUAAUCAGUCAGUCACGAGUCCACCUGGGGACCGCCAUGCUCGCUUAUGCUUAGAAACGGCCCUGCUUAAAACAAACCUGCAGCGCUUCUUCAGCUUUUUCUUGCUUUAAUAAAGUGCUUCGUGUACAAGCGGUAACUCCAAUUUCCUCAAUUUUACCGAUUUUCGUCAAAUAUAUAGACUGAUCCAAAAAGAUGAACAUCCCUCCGAGAAAACGCAAUUCUUAUUUACAACACUAGACAGUGAACAUCCACAAAGAAAUUCAACCCAGAAAAACGAAGAAACUUCGCAGAAAAGAAGAAAUCGCCACUUAAUGACGCAAGAGUGAUGUCCGUUUCGUGAACGAGAUUCGAACCUGUUCGCGAAUCGGAUUGAUCCAACUGUUGCUGUUCUUGAGUCAACAACUCACUGAUUCAAUGUUCCGUUCAAAAUGAGCCAAGAACUGGGAAAUCGUCAGAGCUUGAAUCUGCGUGCAACUGAUGGAGCGAAAAUAAUGGAUUGCUGCUAUCGUAGGUUGCCACCAUGCCCAUGGGCGCCGUAUAGGGGGGAAAAGUUAGGACGAUUCCAAGGGCCCCUGACUGACAGGGGCCCCAACAAAUGGAAAGCUACUGUUGAAAAGAUGGAGCACUGGUUUGAGCCAGCAGGAUUUGCAGUUCAGAAGAUCAACAUGCAUCAGAGAAUACCUGCGAAAGGCCAUCAAAAUCAGAUCUUCAACCCAAAUCAGAUUUAUCCUAAUCCAAAAAACACAUUUCAGCAAAAUACUGGAAGUGACGAAAUUCAUCGUCAUAAGUUGUCAUCCUCUCAGCUCAUUCACUUUCUGAAAAUGACUCGAAACUCAAAACAAGUGUCUGAACUGGCUUCAUCAGCUACUGAAGUCAAAUAUAGGACCAACAUAACUCAGGCAUCAUUGAGGCUAAAGCAGCAACAAAAUAUUAAUGCAAUGGCAUCUGUGGAUCAGAGAGUCCUGGUUAUCACCAGUGCCAAGAAGGACGUGGAGAAUGAGGUCUUUUCUGAGGGGAAAUUUUCUGAACCCAUAUUUGCAGAGAAAAGCAACAGAGUUGAUUGUGUGGCCUACCACUGGAUGAUUACCACAAACAGUGAAUUGUGGGAUACUGGGAAUAUUUUCUCAGAGACAAAUCACUCGAAGGCCGAGCCAUUCCCAAAUGAAAUGGUUGAUUUUCUUUUCCAAGAUGACUGGAAAAUUGCCAACCUCUCCAGCCAAAGCAACUGUUCCUCAAAAGAAGAGUCGUGUCCUCUGGAGGGCUGUAAAGGCUCCGGCACACUGACUGAUGAACUUGAAGAUGAUGUACAUAUCCAAAUCCCAGAGUUUCAGAGUCGCAAAUUUGAGGAGAUACCAGUUGUUAUCACCCACGUUGUUCACCCAAACAAGUUCUUCAUCCAACACAAGGACACAAAUCUUUGUGAACUGUCUGAAAUCAUGCUAAGUAGGAAUAGCAGUAGAUCUUUUGCAGAGAUGAAAAGCAUCCCAGAUAUUGGAGCUUAUGUCAUGGCGUGGUUUCCCAAGCAGGAGAUAUGGUGCCGUGGCCAGGUCAUCAAAAUUUGUCAGUUGAGUGGAGACAUUAAGGUGGAAGUCAGGAGGAUUGACUAUGGAGAUGACAUUUGCGUGUCUCUUCGGGAUAUUAAGGAAAUGAGUGGAGAAAUUGCAUCCAGACCUUUGCAAGCUCUGCAGGUCUCACUGGCAAAUGUGAGGCCAGUAAAUGGAGAAACCUGGUCUUUUGAAGCGAUCAGCUGGUUCAAAAGUAAAGUGCAGAGCAAGACUCUUUAUGCCAGGAUUUACCCAGAAGAAGAAGUUGAACUCUUCAUGGAAAAGGGAAAGAUUGGUGCCAUGAGGAGAGGUGAUUCCCUCUCUGUGAGACUUGCUCAGAACAGAUUUGCCAUACACAGAAGUAACAAGCACAAGGGGCUGAAGAGAAGUGAUAUCCAAAAACAGACACGACAACAGUCCUCAGAGUGGGAGAAGUAUUUGAUUUCCUGUUACCGUCAAAACAGGAAACCAUAUAAAAGUCAUUGGAUUGUGCUUUGGAUUCUCUUCUCUCUAGUCUUUAAACCAACCAUGAAUUGGGCUUCGUUUUAUGCUGUGAUCAGUGGUGUGAACCGGCAUUCGACAGGCAUUGGACGCAUCUGGCUGUCCGUCAUCUUCAUCUUCCGUAUCAUGGUGCUGGUAGUGGCAGCUGAAAGCGUGUGGGGAGACGAGAAGUCUGGAUUUACCUGCAACACUCAGCAGCCUGGUUGCAACAGCGUGUGCUACGACCAGUUCUUCCCCAUCUCUCACAUCCGUCUCUGGGCUCUGCAGCUCAUUCUGGUGUCCACACCGGCCCUGCUGGUCGCCAUGCAUGUCGCACAUCGGCGGCACAUAGAGAAAAAGAUCCUCAAGAUGUCCGGUCGGGGAAGUGAAAAGGAAUUUCAGACCAUAAAGAUACAGAAGUUCAAGAUCUCUGGUGCACUGUGGUGGACUUACAUGAUAAGCAUAAUUUUCCGCAUCAUUUUUGAGGUGGUUUUCUUGUACAUUUUUUACUUAAUCUAUCCAGAUAUCAAGAUGGUUCGUCUUGUGAAGUGUGACUCUUAUCCCUGCCCCAAUACAGUGGACUGUUUUGUGUCCCGUCCUACAGAGAAAACCAUUUUUACUAUCUUCAUGCUGGCAGUGUCUGGAGUUUGUGUCUUGCUGAACAUUGCAGAGGUUAUAUAUUUAAUAGGUCGGGCAUGUAUCAAAUAUUUUCAAGGAGCUGUAAGUCAACCUAAAGGACCUUGGCUCACUCAAAAACUGGGAACCUACAAGCAGAAUGAAAUAAAUCAGCUGAUAUCGGAGCACUCAUUCAAGCCUAGAUUCAAUGUUGGGCGGAAACCUCCCACAGAAAAGAGUGAGCGCUGCUCUGCUUUCUAGAUUGUUGUCAGACUCAGAGGUUUCAUCCAACUAUCAGUAAUUAAUGGAAUGGGAAUGUCUAUAAUCAUAUUAAUAUAUUCUGAUUGAUUUACUUUUGCUCUAUGUGUGUUUAGUGCAUGGCUUCUCAGCUCUGGUCCUCAAGAUCCACUUUUCUGCAGAGUUUAGCUCCAACCCUAAUCAAACUCACCUGAACCAGCUAAUCAAGGUUUUCAGGAACACUAGAAAGCUACAGGCAGGUGAGCUUAAUCAAGGUUUAAGCUGAACUGUGUUGGAAAAUGCACCUCGAGGGCCUGUGGCCCCUCUACAAGUGAGAAGUGAUCACAGGGAAAUAUAUGCUGGAGAAUUGAAAUAUUAUUACAAAUAUACAUCUUUUCCCAAAAGGCAAAAGAGAUGGGAGGACUAACAGGGCGGUCACAAUUGUGCGCAGAUGAAUGGCUUCAGAUCUUUGCCUUGUAAAUGCAGCCUAAUUAAUAUCAUUAACAUACAAAACAGCAUCAGUCAACAUCCAAAUCCCUUACUUGAGAAUGGUGAGCAGCAAGAAUUGCUUAGAUUUCCAAAUACCUGCAGUAUACCGACUCUCUGCCAAAAGGAAAAGUGCUUAUGUCUGCUUAGACCCUGAUGCGGAAUUAAGAACUUUUCCAUGAACAUUGGUGUGAAUUUUUGAUUACGCACGCUCUAAGAUCAAAUCUGUACAUACACACAUUUUAUAAACAAGGCCCCAGAUUCCAUUCACAUAAACUUGCAAGGCUCACUGUGUUGUAUGAAAGUGGAGUAGAUUGUAUGUAAUAAAAUUUGUAUUAUAUUUAAAAUUUAUUAUUUAUUGAUAACUAGCCCUCGACUCUACAUAGGAAAAGCAGCUGAGAAAAAUAUGGAUGGAUGAAAACAGAAGCCCUAGAGUAGCAGUCAGCAUAACUGAGUGGAGGGAUAAUCACAGAAACGUACGCCUCUGGUCAUGUGAAUGGAUUGUAGGAUCUGGUUAAAAUCUCACACUUUAAUAGUAUUUACCUAACUUAAUAAAACAGGCUGUGUGACUAUGAGAAAUGAUUACCUUAUAAUGUAAGGCCAUACGCAACUUCGAGGGACUUUAUUUAAAUGAAAUGCAAGCCAUUGUGACAUGCCAGUGAUUAUCCCUCCAUGUGCCAAUGUUUGCAGGUGUACCACAUGUUGCCAACCCCUGCCCAAAAGUGUGACAUCAUAGCCAGUAGCCCAUAUUGGUUGAUACUGUAUAACUGAUAUUUUGACUGUCUAAUAUAAUGUUGAAGUAUACUGUGUAGUAUGACCCCUGCCCCCCUCCCUUUUGUUUAUCUUAAUAUGUUUGAAAUACAAAUUUGCAUCAAUUUCUGGCUUAAAAGUUCAUCAAAUUGCCACUUUACAUUUUUAGUAGUUUCUUUUAUUUUCUUGUGACCUUUAAAUGAUUUGUGAAAAUGGUGGUCUGAAAAUGUAGAAUAUUUGUUUAAAUUUUUCCAUUUGUAGUUUUAUUUUAGUUAGAUGUUUAUUUAAAGGGCAUUUUCUUAAUCUUGUCUGUUUUACAAAACUUUGCAAGCACAUAUUUGUUGAAAAGACCAAACAAAUAGACUUGAAGCUGCAUCAUAUUUAUUUGAUUCUAAAUGCUUCUAGUCUCAGAAUGUCAAGUUAAAUUAGCAAUCACAGCCUUAUCUAACACACUUUUCAUGAGUGAUACAAUCAUUGGGAAAUGAUUUUCUUUGCAGGACUUUGUUGAAAUCCUUGAUGCAGCUUUUUGCUUGUAAUAUCAACGUUGUCAUUAAAAGAAAUGCAUUAUAUUGUACAUUUAAUACGACCAUUUUAACUUCUCAAUGUCCAUGUAUUUCAAUGAUUUUAUGAUUCCAGUAAAGGGGUUAGUUAUUUAAAAAUAAACAAAUAUAAAUAAAUCUAUUUUAAAGACUUUACCA